CGGUUGUUUAUCUUUGUUGGAAACAAACCUGACCCUAGUAGGGACGAAUUGACCGGGCGUCAGUUUAGUGGCACGCCCAGAUAAACCAUUAUUAUAGCUUGGACCUCGUUCGAACUCGUUCGAAGUUUAGGCCCUUCCUUCCCUUCUCCCCGCCACAAUGAUUCUUUCUUUAUCCCCGAAAAGUCGUCAGCCUACCCUCCACCGCGACCAAGUUCCCAGCAAGAAUCCUCGCUCUGACAUUGUUCAGUGUAGCGUUGGGUGUUGUGACUUCGAAGCUGAGGAGUACGACCUAUCUGCUUGGUUCGAACAUAGGACGACCUGCAAAAAGGUCAGGUGCCUCUACGACUUGGGACAGUCACGUCCGUCUACACCGAGGCAAGAAUCUCCGAGUCCUCCAUCGUCCCCAAAGCCAUUCUCGUCUACCAUCCGCAAAGUGGCUUCCGGCGUCUUCAGGUCACGUAGGUCGACACUGAACAGCAGCUACGAAGACGAUGAUGACUCCCGCAUGGAUUUUUGGUGCAUGGGCGAGGACCUCUAG